CUGGAUAAUUUACAACGCAUAUCCAGUUUGAAAACACAGUCGAAUCUUAUUGAAAGACAGCUGUUUUAGCUGUGUGAAAGUAGGCUAAAAUUAAAAUGGCAAAUUUUUCUGUAGCUUCGCCCAUCCAAAUAGGUUUGUUGUUGGUUUUAAUCUGUUGGACGACUGGUUCAACUGGCACGGAUUUUUCUUUAGAAGAAGAAUUUCGACAGCUGAAGGAAAAUUAUAUUCAAAUGAAAGAAGUGGUGAAGAGUCUGGAGUCAAAAUCGACUCAAUUAGAGUCGAAAGUGAUUCAACUUGAGUCAAACGAGGUUAAAAUGAAGGAAAAAGUGACUGAACUGGAAGCCAAAGUACAACAACAAGAUUCGCUCCUAACUUCCUUGUUACGAGAGAAAACCGAACGCGCAACGGCAAACGGUUUUGACUCUUCUCAAGCAACAGCAGUGGCCAUUAACGGAUUACCAUCUUCAUGCGAGGAUCUCAAAACGAUUGGCCACACCCUGAAUGGAUUUCAUUUCGUCAUGGGAUCAGCGAGGAUGGAAUCCGUUUAUUGCGAUUUUACUAAACUUCCCGGCGAUGAGGGUUUUCAAAAAUGGAUCGGAUACGCCGACGUCAAAUCAGCGCCCGUUUAUUUCUACGUCCAGAGAAACAGUUCUCUAUCCGCAUUUGCAAAGAUUCCGUUCGAUUUGGCAUUGAUAAACGAGGGCAACGCCAUGGAUUUAGCAUCCGGAAUAUUCACUGCACCACGAAACGGAAUUUAUUUCUUCUCAUUCGCGGGACAUGCGCGUCUUUCAGCUUCAGAAACUUACGUUUCGUUGGGAGUUUUUCUUUACGUGAACGGGCAUCAGACCGGAACUGCUUACGUGACUGAGGCGAGCACUCCCGGAGAGAUGUGGAGUCCGUUGACCCUGCAGUCGACGCUGAACUUAAAAACAGGCGAUCAAGUUUGGGUGCAGAUCGUUUUCAUGACCCUGUCGACUCUCUUCGACAGCGAAUACCACUACACCCAUUUCACCGGUUUCAUGUUGCAGGAGGAAAUUGCCGCCUCCCUUUGAGUGUUGAUCCGAAAUUUUAAAAAUCGUGAUCGACUUACAAUUGUCAUAAAAAUAAAAAAUUCUAAUUAGAUUAUCAUAAGUGGGAAUUGGAAAAAAAAUUCUUUCCAAAUCAAUCCCUAACGAAAAUAAGCAAUCGAAAACCUUGAACCAAUUUUCUUUGUUACGAAUAAUUGACAAAGGAAACAAAAACAUCUGUGUCCUCUUGUAUCUACGUGCAUUAUAUCUGUCAAUAGAUCACAUUGCAUGCAAUGGUUUCAAAUGGGAAAA